UGUGUGUGUGUGUGUGUGUUUGCCCAGUGUGAUACAGACUACUUAGUGCAGGAGACAGAAGAGAGAGAGUUACAGAUGGACCUAAGAUCACAUUGUACAGCACAGGAGACAAUGGCUGACCAUCAAACACUUCCUCCACCACUACCUUCACAGCCUGCUGACCACACGCCAGAGUCUGAAAAGCCCUCUGGAUCACAGAAACAUCCACAGAGCAGCAGUAACCAAGCCUUGGCACCUGUGGGACAGGAAGGGACAUCAGCACAGAUGCUGGGAGGUGACACUGAUAGUGGAGGAGGAGACGGAGACCCACCCAAUGAUGAUACAGAGCAAAUUAUGGAGGAAGAGGAAACCUACAUCACCACCGCAGAGAAUGCUGAUGGAGAGAAUGAAACAGGGCAGGAGGAAGAGGGGGGAGAAAGGGAGGAGGAGGAAGAGGAUGAGAAGGAUGGGCUGGAUGGUCUGCAGCCGGAGAAAUAUACGCAGAACUUUCCACAGACUAGUCAAAGGUCAGGCAUGGGCAGAGGAAGGAGCAAAGGGCGGGGGUCUAGAAGCGGACCCCCAAUGUCCAAAUACAACACUGUGAGUUACAGAAGGAUCAAGAGAGGAAACACCCAGCAGAGGGUAGAUGAGUUUGAAUUCAUGAUGAGUGUGUAGCAAUGUGGAGCACCUUCACACACACAAACACACACACACACACACACACACAAGAAUAAAUGCACCUAGUCUAGAGGGUAUGCAUGUGACAUCACAGCUGGGAGGAGUACUCUUGAUGCUGUAAAAGACAGAAUAUGAGGAGCUCUUGUGUAAUUGAUGGUUCAAACUGAAAAACAAAAAAGUUACUGCAGGAAACCACUAAAAGCAGCAUGACAGUGUUUCUCUAGGACCAGAUCUGAGAACCUAUUGCCCAGCGUUUAAAUCAUAUACAUAAAAGUGUCAGAAAACCUGAUUACUGAACACAUAUUAAUGUUCACAGAUCCUUUGUAUUUGAAUUGAUCACUGUUCAUUGUCUUGGUUUAUUAUUAAUUGUUGGUUGCCAGUUUGACUGUUACACUUAGGAUUUACAACCAAGUUAAGAGUGUUUUGCCACUUAGUCCAAAUAAGAGGGCCUGGGUGACUGUGAUGUUAAAGCAUACACUCUGUAAAACCCAUUAACACAAACACAUACACACACAAAGACCACCAGUACAUAUGCACACUCCCAUAUUCCUAUACAUUCACACACUUAAACCCACCCACAGUGGUGUAAAAAAAAGCAUUUACCCUUACCCUCAUGCAAAUCCCUGAAAAGGUUCUUCACUAAAGGUUUAUUUGGUAAAGCAAUCUUGAAUGCAUGCUACACUAUAAAAAAGAACUGUAAUAGAGAUAUGUGGACUAUUAAAGUUUAAAUUAAACCGUUUAAAUUGUAAAUUUGAUGUUUAAUGUUUAAAAUAACAAUGACAACAUGCCAUCUAAAAAAAAACAACUUUCUGGCAGCAGGAGAGAGAAAAAUUACAUUUGACAUAUUACUGCAUUUACUUUUUCCGCAUUACAGAGAAUGGUCUGUAACUGGUCUUUAAA